AUUUUUUUUGAACAUUGACAUUUUUGUAUCUAAUUUCCGUAAAUUUUCUGACUUCUUUAAAAAUGUUAAUAAUGUGCCGUUUUCGAAAUUGAUUAAUUUGUCAUGUUGACAAGUAUCAACAAUUCAAAUUCUAGUGCUUAAUUCAUUAUUCAUACGCCACUAUUUCAUAACUCAUAAGAUUGGUUCAAUAUCCAAUAAAAGACUACUACUUCUCCAUUAUGAAUUAGAACAGUUCUAUUUUACACAUUCAGAAUAAUAGAGGAACAUGGGCUCACUUUCCAAAUACAUGCUAGUUUGUUUUGAAGUGUUCAAUGAAUUAUAUACAGCGGUUGGAGCCGGCGUUCUUGGAAUGGUGGUGUUGAUUCAGCAUGGCUUUCAAUCACAUCAAACUAUCAAAAAUCUUUCUGUAGUGGCCCUAACGGCGGCCAGUUUAGCGUUUGUUUUUAGCAGGGAUAAGGAGCGUCUUUUGGCGAAUAAGAAAAAGGUUGUGAUUAUAACAGGAUGUGAUUCAGGUUUGGGAUAUUCUCUGGCCCAACACACCGCCGAUUGUGGCUUUACUGUGAUCGCAACUUUCCUCAGUCUCGAAUCAAAAGGAUCUAAAGAAAUCAAACGACUCUAUGGAGGAUACAUUAUACAGAUUCAGCUGGAUAUUACUGAUAGUAAAAGUGUUCAGUCUGCCUUACAGACUAUGGAACAUUAUUUCACAAAGAAUCCAGAUUUUACACUUCAUGCUCUUGUAAAUAACGCUGGUGUUAUGGUAUUCGGGGAGUUUGAAUGGCAAACAGAAAAACUCAUACAAGACCAAAUUGAUGUUAAUCUUCUUGGUACGAUGAAGGUUACAAAUGCAUUUUGUCCAUUGAUUCGGCAGCACAAAGGUAGAAUCAUUACUGUGUCUAGUCACUGUGCUCAAGCUAACUUGCCUGGAUUAGCUGUUUAUGGGGCAACUAAAGCAGGCCUGAGUUCAUGGAGUGACGGUCUUAGAGUUGAGCUGUCUAAGUAUGGAGUGGAUGUUGUUACUUUUAUACCAGGUUCAUUUACUAUGGAUAGCAAUAUUAUGGGGCAUCAAAUAGAACAUGUCCAGGAGAUGCAUGACCAUUUUACAAAAGAACAGCACCAGUUUUACAGUGACUAUUUCAAGAGAUAUAACAUUUAUUUAUCAUAUAUAACACCACCAAAGGAUAUUAAAAAAAUUUCUAAUGAACAACUGUAUAAAGUAUUUGAGGGUGCUCUGUUAGAUGACCCCCCUUCAACAGUAUAUAAGUAUGAACCUUGGAGGUACAAGAUGUACCAUUACUUGUUCAGGUUUAGUCCAGUAUUUAUUCGAGAUUAUUUUGUGGUGAAAUUUAUGAAAAUGCCUGAAUACAGAGAAAAUAAUGGAAGUGAAGAUGAUUUUGAAGAUUUGGGGGGUGAAAGUAUAUAAGUUUAGAGCUUAUAUACCUUGAAAUGUAAAUUAAACUUGUUAUAACAACAUAUUUAAGUAAUAUUAGUUGAUGUGUUUAGUAUAUUUUCAACAGACUAUAUAUAUACUAGAAAUAAAGACAAAUUUGAAAGAUAAACUUA